UCGGUGCACGUGGCGCUCACCAACCUGACCAAGGUCUACGGCAGCAUCUUCAGCCUCUUCGUGGGCAGCUGCCCGCUCGUCGUGCUCAGCGAGUUCGAGGCCGUGCGAGACGCCCUGGUCAACCAGGCCGAGGUCUUCAGCGACCGGCCCAGCAUCCCCAUCGUCACUAUCCUCACCAAGAAGAAGGGGGUGGUGUUUGCACCUUAUGGUCCGGUCUGGAAAAAACAGAGGAAGUUCUCUCAUUCAACUCUCCGUCACUUUGGGUUAGGAAAGCACAGCCUGGAGCCGAAAAUCAUUGAAGAAUUCAAAUACGUGAAAGAAGAGAUCCUGAAACAUGGUAGAGACCAGUUCAACCCCUUCCCCAUUAUUGGUAACGCAGUGUCCAAUGUCAUCUGCUCAAUGGCCUUUGGCAGACGCUUUGACUACGAUGACAUGGAGUUCAAAACCUUGCUGAAAGUUAUGUCGCGCUGUCUAGAGAUCACCUUGAACAUACACGUCCUCCUGAUCAACAUUUGCCCUUGGCUGUACUACCUUCCUUUCGGGCCCUUCCGAGAACUCAGGCAGGCUGAGAUAGAUAUCACAGCUUUUCUAAAGAAAAUAAUUAUCCAGCAUCGGGAGACUCUGGAUGCCCAGAAUCCCCGGGACUUCAUUGAUAUGUAUCUCCUUCACGUAGAUGAAGAAAAAAAGACUAACAGUGAAAGUAGCUUUGACGAUGACUACCUAUUCUUUAUCAUUGGGGACCUUUUUAUUGCCGGCACAGACACCACCUCCAACACACUGCUCUGGAGCUUGCUCUACAUGUCACUUCACCCGGAUGAACAAAAAAAGGUUCAAGAAGAAAUUGACUUGAUCAUUGGACGUGACAGGGCUCCUUCCCUUGCCGACAAAGCACGCAUGCCCUUCACAGAAGCAACCAUCAUGGAAGUUCAAAGGAUGACGGUGGUUGUUCCUCUCUCUAUUCCUCGGAUGGCAUCAGAAACUACAGUUCUCCAGGGCUACAAAAUUCCUAAAGGAAGUAUCAUCAUUCCUAACUUGUGGUCAGUGCAUCGAGACCCCAAGAUAUGGGAGAGACCAAAUGACUUCUAUCCAGCCAGAUUUCUAGAUGAAAAAGGCCAGCUCCUCAAAAAAGAAACAUUUAUUCCUUUUGGAAUUGGAAAACGCGUAUGCAUGGGAGAACAACUGGCCAAGAUGGAGUUGUUUUUAAUAUUUGUGAGUCUCCUCCAAAGUUUCACUUUUCAGUUCCCUGAAGACUCCCAGAAGCCAUCCAUGGAAGGACGGUUUGGUCUGACUUUGGCUCCAUUUCCAUUCAAUAUAAUUGCCUUAAAGAGAUGAAGGAACCUCAAUAAGGAAUGAUGCAUGAAGCUUGCAUUACUAUGAAAUUCAGGGCUUUCUAAGAAACAUAUUUUACUAACAAAAUCACCAAGCAGGGAUGGAUGGGGAACCUUCAGCUGACGGGGCAUUCAAUGCUCAUCAUACGCUUUUGCCUUAGUCUUGAAGGCUCUUUCAUUAAUUGUGUGGAAACCCUUAACUGUGAGGAGCAAAACAAAGUUUCUAGUCCUCAAGGGUUGCAGGGUAACUGGAAAAACUCUUAACAAUCAGUCAUUAAGUGGCAUUUUAUAUUACAUGAGAAGCAAAGGGGGAAAAAUUGAAAAUCAGAGGGACAGACAAUCGCAGAGGAAAAUCAACAGAAUAAGAAGCAACUGUAUAUUUUGAUAUCUCUUUGAUAAGAGUCUUGGCUCUUGACAUCCUCUUUGUACAUCAAGGGUACGCAGAGAUGUAUCCUGUCAGCAGAAUUUGCUGUCUUUUUAUUUCCUUGUGGGUGAGUCUAACUUCCACCAGCCUUCACUGUGAAAAAAGCAAUCUUGCACAUAGCCGAUUCAAGUAUUGAUUCAGUCAGUCAGGUUUGCCCCUCCUCCCAUAAUUCAGAGAGGCUGACCAUUUUUGAAAAAGAAGUAUCACAUGUACCUGUUUAAUUAAAGGGACAUUUGAUUUCAUUCUCUUUAAUAAUUAAAAAUAGUUUCUGAAAUGAAGAAAACCUUUUUGAGGAGAGAUGGGUUACUGAUGUCACUGAUUACAGACAAUCAGCACUGUGCAGUUUCCACUGCAACUGUCUCAUCUUGGUAGUGUUGCCUGACAAGAGGAUCAGAAUCUGGUAAUAAAAAUAGUAUUUCCACAGCUUAGAUAAAGUAUGUCUGUAUUUACCCUGACAUUUACUUAGUAGAUCCAUUCAUUACUGUUAUAACUAGAGACAUUUUGGAGUGCCUUCUAGUUAUUUGUCCUUAAGGUUUGUCUGUGUUACACUUUAAAGUUCUAUGGGGCAAUUUGUUUACUUAAAUACAGUAUCUACUGAUGAACCUUGUAAACACAAUUUCACAAAAUAAGUCUCUUCUUAUUCACAAUUAUGUAACAGACAUAAGCGAUUAGAACAAAAUAUUAAAAUUUGUACACCCAAAUCCUCAGCAGCACCACCAAUACAGAAGUUGCUUUUAGAAUUGCAAAGUUGGUGUAUUUUUGAAUUUCAAAUUCAGACAAAAUUCCAAGGUAUCUUCCUCAGUUGGGCUGGGUUUCCAUAACACAGAAGAAUCAGCUCUACAUGCAGCCUUCAAAACCCUACAUCAAGUUGGCAAAGGCCUCAGCAAUCUAAGUGACAACAGCUGCUCGGGUCUCUUUAGCUCUAUUGCUCUUUUCAAACAGCACAGGAUUCAAAAUGAGCAGGAAACAGCAUUCCCUCUAACCCCGAACAUGCUCUUUUUGUUGCAUGUGGGACAAAUCCUUCACUUCAUGCUCUCCCUUGCCUUCUCCUAACUUUGGUGAGAACAUGAAGACACAAAUGUGUAUUCAUUUCUGUUGCCCAGGAACAUUGAUCAGUUGUGUUUGUGUGUGUGUGUGUUUUUUUUUUGUUAGCAUGUUUACAGCGUAUGUUUAAACACUGUUUUGCAGUGGUGACCAUGAAUACUGGAAAGGUAAGGCACUUUAAGAAUGGCCACCUUUGAAGAGGACAAGCAAUUGACAGUAGCUCUGUGUGCAUGCCCUGCAUGCAUACUCCUGGAAGGGAAACCAUACUGCCAAAAUCUUGGGCUGAUCUUUUUGGCAGGAGAUAACUCACUUCAGUGUAAAUGCAAAGUUCAUUUCUAAUUCACUGCCAGCUAGAGUGCAGUGAUGUUUCGAUAAAAAGAGACACAAGUCUGUAAAUCAACACUCAGCACUCUAUGGCUGAAAUCCUGUUGCUUAGUAAGUGCACUAGAGUAAGCCUGUUGAAUCUAUAGGGAUUUGGCGAGUCAAAUCUUCUGUUAAGGUUCAUUGAUUCAAACGGGCCUGCUUUAGUUGUGACUUAUGUUCACACAGAAAAUGCUCUAUAGAAAAACUUCAAUUGCACUGCUAACUUUUAGCUGAAUACUGUUAGAGCAGCGAAACUUUUAAGAGGCAAAACGCACUGAAAGGCAAGUGAUACAACAGAUUUUUUAUGGCAUGUAAGCCCUCUUGUAAUAAAGCAGCCUUUUAAUGAAGCACUUUAUUGUUUUGUCAGGAUCCAAAGAUAUUUAUAUUUUGAUUAGCAUGGGGGCCUCAACUAAGGAUUAUGUAUCUGCAGAUGGCCUAUAUCACCUUGCUUAAGUUUACCUUGCUUGUGUUGUUUCCCCCUCCAAACAAAUGCCUUCUUUAGAAUUUCAAUAUGAAGGAUGUCAUUACUGUUAGAAACUGAGACCAUUGCUCUUUUUAAAAGGUGCCUCUACUUCUACAUAUAGACUGAAAUCUGUUUCUCAGUGUGAAUCUUUGUCUAAAUAAACCUUUUAAAUUUAAAA